AAGAAAUAGAAGUUAAAGAAAUUGUUGAAGAAAUUGUUGAAGAAACUAUGGAAGAUAUUGCAGAAAUUGCAGAAGCUGCAGAAUCUGCAGUAGUUGCAGAAGAACAACAGGUUGUUGAACAAUUAAAUAUUGUUGAUAAUUUGUAUAAAGAAUAUAUAAAUAAACAUCUUAUCAAAUAUCAUCAAGAAAACUUAAAACAACCUGAUAUUACUGAAUUACAAAAAAAAUUUAAUAAUGAAAAAUUAAAUCUUUGCAACAAAAAAAAGUAA